GGCUCGUUGAUGAAAGUCCAAUUAAUUACAAACAUUUAAUUUAAACAAAUUAAUUAAAAUUUGAAAAACUAAUUCAAUUUAAUAUAAAUGAUUUUUAUUGGUACGCAGUACAUGGUACUCAUUAAUAUUUACUAUUGCGCUUUCUUUGAUACAUGUUAUCUUUAGAAUAAAAAGUCUUUCACUUCCGCCUAAAAUUAUGCAUCAUUAUUAUUAACAUGGCGACAUAUAGCUUGAAUGACUCAAACGGUAUUUACUCAUCGAAAAGAAUGAAAAACAACCAAGGUCAAAGCGUCACUGUUCUCAGGAAUACCCUGCCGUCGCCCGUCAUACACGUUCGAGGUUUGAGCGCGCACGUCACAGAGUCUGAUUUAAUUCAAUCGCUGCAAAGAUUUGGGCCGAUCAGCUAUGUCAUGACCUUCCCUGCCAAGAAUAUGGCACUUGUUGAGUUCGAGAGUAAAGAGGUUGCAUCCAGAGUUAUAUCUUAUGUGCAGGAAAAUGAGUUAACUGUUGCCGGCUUGCCAGCACACUUCAACUUUUCAGUCAGUGAGAAGAUUAAAAGACCUGAAUAUGAUUCCAAGAUUCCCAUGGAAAUACCCCCUAGUAAUGUCAUCUUGUUGACAAUUAUCAAUGCAAGACAUCCUAUCACAGUGGAUGUCAUAUAUGCCAUAUGCAGUCCUAUUGCAACAGUGUCAAAGAUUGUUAUUUUCAGAAAGAAUGGAGUGCAAGUGCUUGUUGAAUUUGAGUCUAUUGAGGAUGCCACAAAAGUUAAAACUGGAUUGCAUGGAGCUGAUAUAUAUGCUAACUCGUGUACAAUAAAAGCUGAGUUUGGGAAGCCAAACAACCUUACUGUUAGAAGAAAUGAUCAGAAUACGUGGGACUACACUGUCAGUCCAUCUGCUCCCAAUUAUGGCUAUGCUAAGAAUAAACCCUUGCUUCAGGAUCCAGGAAAUGGUCAUGGUUUUGAAAGUCAAAAUGCAGGCUUCAACCCAUUUGGUCAAUCAGGUCACAGCAGUGUGUCGGGAGCAGCAGCUGGAUAUAGAGUGGAUUAUGAUGCUAACUUGCUGGAUGCGUAUGGCGGGGCAGCUCUCCACGGAGCACUUGAACAACCCUUUCAGAAUCCAAACUGUGUACUAAUGAUAUAUGGGUUGAAUUCAGAAAAGUUCACCUGUCAGAGAUUGUUCAAUUUGAUCUGUCUCUAUGGAGAUAUUGUGAAGAUUCGAUUCUUGAAGUCUAAAGAUGGGUCAGCAAUGGUUCAGAUGUCCGAUAGAGAUGGUUGUGAUAGAGUCAUGAUGAUGCUCAGAGAUGUUACUGUUUUUGGACAGAAGUUGUCUAUCAGUAACUCAAAACAGCCGUUUGUUUCUGAGUCAACAUCUCCAUCUUUUUCAUUGCCCGAUGGAUCAUCAUCUUUUCAAGAUUUCUCUGGUUCUAAGAAUAACAGAUUUGGAUCCCCUGAUGCACUGAAGAAAUACAUGACACGAGUUCAAUUUCCUACGAAAGUUGUUUACUUCUUCAAUGCCCCUCCAAACAUUGAUGAGGAAACCAUGAUGCUUCCGUUCAUCAAAGCCGGUGCAGUGCCCCCAUCUAAGAUGGUCAUGCUUCCUGCCAAAACCGAGCGUAGUUCACGUGGAUACCUCACCUUUCCCGAUGCUGUCACUGCAACUGAGUCGCUCCUGGUAGCUAACAAUGCCAAGAUUCCUAAUCCAAAUGGGACAGCCCCGUACGUCAUCAAGUUGGCGUUCUCAGCAGCUAGUCCAGAUGAAGGCCAUUAAUCAAAAUUGAUUAAUUGAUUGAUUUUGUAUAUGGUCCAUAGGACACAGACAUUACAUGCAUACGUCAUUGUUAAAUGUAUAUGUUACUAAUAAAUUAUACUUUCGUGACCUUCUUAUCCUCUGUUAUAUUUGUAGAGUCUCGUUAAUCAUUAUUAUGGUGUAUUCACGUUUUUUAUUGUUUAAUUGGUGAAUUUGCGGUAUGGACGCUGGACCUGUUAUUUGGAUAUCGUAAUACGUUAUGAUUCUUCCAAAUAGUUGUUAUUUAAAAGUUAGUAUCAAAUAAAAAAUUUAAAUCAUUUUCA